GUAAGCGUCCCAGGUCCCUACCAGGUGCCCGUAGACGUCGGCAGGCUGGAGGUAGAAGGUGGAGUUGAGCAGUUCUUCCAGCCUGCGCGGAACGUCGUUCUCCCGGUAGUACUCCAUCGCCUGCUGCUUCAGCUUCUGCAGCUCCUUAGUGGUCCCACAGCUGCGGCCGCCGCCUUCUUCCCCCAUGGUUCAUGCCUACGACAGAGUGAUCCCCCCAGGUGAAUUACUCCCCCAACAUCGGCGUGGCACUGACUACUUCAUAAAGCUAUUUAUGAAAACUCCUCUAGUGUGUGGACCCUGUCCCCGCAGUGUGUCGCUGCUGCCGCCAAGUGACAGAUGAACACAUCUGAGAUUCAGGGCUAAGCACCUUGCCCAAGGCCACACAACAAGUAGGUGAUGGAGAGUGUUGGCGUGUACGGAUUCUGUGGGUGUAAAGCAAAGAACAAACUGAAGUGUGAUUCAAGGUGGGAAAUAACCGCUGCAGAAACAGCCCCCACAUCUGAGUAUUCAUCUCCAGCCCGGAGUCUUGGAGACACAGGAAUAACACCUCUCUCUCCAUCCCAUAUUGUGAAUGAUGCCAACUCCAAUGCCUCAGAACAGCAGACAUUUCUUGUGGUGGUGGCCAUCGACUUUGGGACCACAUCCAGUGGCUAUGCCUAUAGCUUCACCAAAGAGCCAGAAUGCAUCCACGUGAUGAGGCGAUGGGAAGGAGGUGAUCCUGGCGUGUCCAACCAGAAGACCCCAACCACCAUCUUGCUGACCCCCGAGAGGAAGUUCCACAGCUUUGGGUACGCCGCCAGGGACUUCUACCAUGACCUGGAUCCCAACGAGGCCAAGCAGUGGCUGUACCUAGAGAAGUUCAAGAUGAAGCUGCACACCACAGGGGACCUCACCAUGGAUACAGACCUGAUGGCAGCAAAUGGGAAGAAAGUCAAAGCCCUUGAAAUCUUUGCUUAUGCCCUGCAGUACUUUAAGGAGCAGGCGCUGAAGGAGCUGAGUGACCAGGCGGGUACAGACUUUGAGAACUCUGAUGUCAGAUGGGUCAUCACAGUGCCUGCCAUCUGGAAACAGCCAGCCAAGCAGUUCAUGAGACAAGCUGCCUACCAGGCGGGCUUGGCCUCCCCGGAGAACUCGGAGCAGCUCAUCAUUGCCUUGGAGCCUGAGGCGGCCUCCAUCUACUGCCGGAAGCUGAGGCUGCACCAGAUGAUUGAGCUGAGCAGCAAGGCGGUGGUCAAUGGGUACAGCGGCAGUGACACAGUAGGAGCGGGGUUUGCACAGGCUAAGGAACACAUACGGCGUAAUCGACAGAGUCGGACCUUUUUGGUGGAGAAUGUCAUAGGAGAGAUCUGGUCUGAGCUGGAGGAAGGUGACAAGUAUGUGGUUGUGGACAGUGGUGGAGGCACCGUGGACCUGACAGUCCAUCAGAUACGGUUACCAGAGGGACACUUGAAGGAACUGUAUAAAGCAACAGGUGGACCCUAUGGAUCCUUGGGAGUAGAUUAUGAAUUUGAAAAACUUCUGUGUAAAAUAUUUGGAGAAGAUUUUAUUGAGCAAUUCAAAAUCAAACGACCUGCAGCCUGGGUUGACUUAAUGAUCGCAUUUGAGUCUCGAAAAAGAGCAGCUGCCCCAGACAGAACCAACCCACUGAACAUCACCCUGCCCUUCUCCUUUAUCGACUACUACAAGAAGUUCCGAGGGCACAGUGUGGAACACGCUCUGAGGAAGAGCAAUGUGGAUUUUGUGAAGUGGUCCUCCCAGGGCAUGCUUCGGAUGAGCCCUGAUGCCAUGAAUGCCCUCUUCAAGCCCACCAUUGACAGCAUCAUUGAGCAUCUUCGGGACCUGUUUCAGAAGCCCGAGGUAUCCACAGUCAAGUUCCUCUUCCUGGUGGGCGGCUUUGCCGAGGCGCCCCUCCUGCAGCAGGCUGUGCAUACUGCCUUCGGCGACAAGUGCCGGAUCAUCAUUCCCCAAGACGUGGGUCUCACUAUCCUCAAGGGAGCUGUCCUCUUCGGCCUAGACCCUGCCUUGAUCAAGGUGCGCCGGUCCCCGCUCACCUAUGGGGUGGGUGUGCUGAACCGGUACGUGGAGGGCAAGCACCCGCCUGAGAAGCUGCUGGUGAAGGACGGUGCACGCUGGUGCACUGAUGUCUUCGACAAGUUCAUCUCUGCCGACCAAUCUGUGGCCCUGGGGGAGCUGGUCAAGCGUAGCUACACCCCAGCCAAGCCCUCGCAGCUGGUCAUUGUCAUCAACGUCUAUAGCGCUGAGCACGACAAUGUCAGUUUCAUCACUGACCCAGGGGUGAAGAAGUGUGGCACACUCCGCCUGGAUCUCACGGGGACCAGCAGCACAGCGGUGCCAGCCCGGAGGGAGAUCCAGACCCUCAUGCAAUUUGGGGACACCGAGAUCAAGGCCACAGCCAUCGAUAUAGCCACCUCAAAGAGUGUCAAAGUGGGGAUCGACUUCUUAAAUUACUAGCCCUGCCCUGCCCUGCCCUGCCCCUUGGAUUCAGAGCAGCUGCAUCUGCUGACCUCCCCCUUCACUGUCCUCCCUGGACCUGGCCCUUGCCAUUGCCCACCUGAAUUUCAGCAGGAAACAUGGGAAGAACCAGGGCAAGAAUAACGAGAGAUUUUUUGAGGGUGCACUGGAGUCAGAAAAACAGUCAGAAAUUAAGAUUUAAGUGUGGAAAUAGGAAAUUCAAGGAUCCUAGAAGAGCAAUUAGUUUUCAUAGGCAGCAGAGUGGUGAACCAGCCACCCGACCAGGGAAUCAGUACUUUUCUGAAGCAGUGGCCAAGCUUUGCUGUGAACACAUCUCAGUUAAGUAGAAUUUAGGAUGCCCUGUUGCCAUCUUUCUAGAUUUCAAACGAGAUUUUUGAGCCAGAAGGAGUUCUUCACCUGAGAUCUUCUUAAUUUUUUGGUUAGUAGUCGAUAUAAAAUGCCACCCAUCUGCAGUUAGUUUCUUCCCAUCAUCGUGGGAUUAAAGUGGUAAUUCAGUGGGAGCUCGGAGCGUUUUUAGCUUGUGGGAGAGGACUGCCUACACUGGGCACUAUUUUAAGUUCUUGUAUAAUUUAAAUUCCAAGGAGGUUUGGUGAAGAACCCUUGGCUGACCCACUGGGAUUUGGGGGAGCAGGAGUGGUAAUACCUCAUCUUUUUAGCAGGUAAAAAUUUGCUGCAGUGGAACUAUUUUAAAGAGCUGACUUAUUCCGAAUUACAGUAGUACCCUCUUAUCUCUGGGGACCCAUGCCAAGAUCCCCAGCCUGAAGCCACAAAUAGUAUCGAAUCUUGUGGCUAUUGUGUUUUUUCUAUACUUACACAUCUGUGAGAAAGUACAGUUUAUAAAUUAGGCCCAGCAAGAGAUGGAUGACAACAACUAAUAACAAAAAUAGGACAAUUACAAAAGUAUACUGUUGUAAAAUUUAUAUGAAUGUAGUCUCUCUCUCUCUCAAAAUAUUCCUUUAUCCUGUACUGUUUUUGUUUCUGUUUUUUGGUACCGGGGAUCGAACUCGGGAUCUUUAACUUGCGAGGCAGGCGCAGGAACCACUGAGCUAAAUCCCCGGCCCUGUACUCAUUUUUGACCCAUGGUUGACUGUGGGUAACUGGAUUCACAGAAAGUGAAACUGUGGGUACGGAGAAACAACUGCAUAUGUUGUGAUGUGAUUUCUGGAAUGCCAAAUCCUGAUUUUCAUACGUAAUUCUAGUUAGCUGGGGAUUUAGCUCAGUGGUUUCGCUGCCUGCUGCGCAAGCGCAAGGACCCGAGUUUGAUCCCCAGUACCAAAAAAAUUAAAAGAGAAAAAUAAGUAAUUCUAGUUAAUCUGGUGGGAAUUUAGUGUGAGAAAACGAGGUUGCCAUUUAUCUUGUUCAUAUCACCUAGCCCAAAAGUGUAGAGUGGCCCUCUACCUUGAAAGCAUGCCAAUUUUAAAUUAACUCCCUUGCUCCUGCUCUUCCUCUUCCCCCUAAGAGUUUUGGCCAUUCAUUUUCAUAUUGAAAGGAUUGCAUUGGUGAAAUAUAAAAGAAGAAUCUAUUCCUUGAAAUGAUUCAUUAGACUUGUAUUUUCAAAUCUGCUCCAAAAUAAUGCAUAGAUCUGUACUUGAUAGGUUCAGCUGGGCUUUUUUUUUUUUUCCUGAAGCAGAUCUGUGGCUCACAGAAUUGCCUGGGUGCUUGUUAAGAGCAGGCUUCUGGAUCUGAUCUCUCUUUAACUGAAGCUAACUCGGAAGAGGAAGACCAGAAUCUGCAUUUUUUGUCUAUAUCACAAGUGAUCGCGCUUCAGUUGGAGUUUGAGAAUUACUAGCUUUAGGUUUCGUCAAAGCUGAAGCACAGAUUACAGCCUGUGCCUUCCAGGGUUCCCAUCCGAGAUCCCUUAGGGAAGAGGGUUCACCCCUCACCUCAUGCUCUUAGUGGGUGCAACUGGGCCCCCACCGAGCCUGGGGAGGGCCCUUUUAAUCUUCAUGGGCAGGUUCUAGGAGGGAAAAGAUGGUAGGAAAGGAACCUGGAGAACAGGGAUGCCUGAAGAAGUGUUGACUACAUUAUCUCCUUCUCCACUGCACAAAGCCCGUUUCCUCCAACAUUUAGGAGCCAACUGAGGAUAAAGAAUCAAGAAUCUGACUCAAUCCAUCCGAUCUGUUCAAAGCUGUCUUCUCCACCUGCUGGAAUUCAUUCCGAUUUGCAGUCACUGGAGGCAUGCAUAAUAAAUGAGUAGGGAAUGAGAAAACGAACUUCAAAUGCAAGUUGGAUUCACAAACCCAUUAUCCUAGCCAAUAUGCAGAUUUUAAAUAGCAUUUCAAAUCUCAUUUCAAUGUGUCUUCUUUUUCACAUUGCCUGCUGCAGAAUUUUCUGCUAGAAUGUGAAUCAUGAACAAAAUACAGAACUAGGGAAUAUGAAUUCUGCAACUGAGCUGUGGGAUUGUGCAUUCAGGCACCAAGGCGUAUUUGCUAGGGGUCCCCUGCUGCCCGCUCUGCUUCAAAAGCUCAAUGUCAUGAGUCCCUGUUUGGUGUUGCUAGCCAUAGUCUAGAAAUAAAACGUUUCAACUUAGUUAUGAGUAAUAUAAUUUUAGGUACAUACAAUAGUAGAAUCUUGUACAGAAUCUUUAUUUCUACAGUGUGCUUUUGUUUAAAAAAAGGAAAAUGCUUUUUAAUUUUUGUUGCUGAUAUUGCUACCCUUAAUCUUCCAGUUUCAUUUCUAAAUUGCUCUCACUAAUCAUCAGUUUGGGCUGAUAAUAAGCGAUGGACUGUGUACACAAGCUGAGCAAUAGUCAGAAGCACCUAGGAUCAGAAUACUCUGAACACACGGAUCAACAGCUUCACUGGACCUUUCCAUAGUGCAUCCUUCCCAAAGAGUCGCAGGUUAUGGUUAAAGGAACAUAUAAUAAUGUACCAAUUCUCCUGUCCAGACUUUGAGAGCUGAACAUUCCGGUUCUGUAAGCAAUGUGACUGUGCGGAAAAACUUAUGAAAACUCUUUGCGUCUGGUGGGGUUGUUGAGCUCUUCUCGUGGGGCAAAGCAGUCACUCUAAGGACUAACUUUGGUCCGCUGUGUACCCCAGGGUCAAAGGGAGGAACCAAGAGGUACAUAAACCAAGGUUUUCUGUUGGGUUGAGUGUAAGUUGAGUAAUAGAGUCAAGCCCCUCUUUCCCUGCUAGUGUAACACGCUUCCUGUAAUGCAUUAAGGGUAAUUCUUUGUCUGCUAUUUCUCUUAAAUGACCUUAUAGAAAUCUGCAGUGUUGGCAAACUGAUGAUAGGCAGGGGUGAUAGUUUUCUGGAUUUUCUUCUGGCCCCAAAGAUGUAGCCCCUUAAGGAGUCAAACUCCUUAAACAAAAUCCUUAAAUCCAUCCCUUUCCCUCACUGAAAUACUCUAGAAUAAGAGCACUGGAUGAGUAUACUUGGUCAUAUUCCUAAUCUUAGAAAGUUUCUAGAAGGCCUGUGGUCCUGACCAGUUACUCAGUUGCCCUUGGUAUAUUAUCUGAUAGUUGCCUUUCUUGGAAGCAGGACUACUGGUUUCCUUUGUGUCUGCCUUUUGAGUAUUCAGCAGGUAUUAAUACAUGCCAAGUGACAGGUUACAGACAGACAUGAUAGGAAGAGGAGGAGCCACAGGAGUGAUUUUGCAGUGUUGGCUAAGAUAAGUGUAGAUUACAGAGCCUGCCCCACCCUUAGAAUGUUAUUUAGACCAAGUUUAGCUUUUAGAGUCCAGAUCUGGUUAAUUGCCAGGGUAGCAGUGAAUCGCAUGCACCAAUAUAAACAGGAGUAAAAAUGCAUUAUUAGGUGAAGAUCGAAUUUCACAUGUAGAGAUGUAAUCGCUGUGAUUAAGCUGCAUAUGUAUGCUGGGGAACGGCUUAAGUGGAUGACUAGUAUAAAAGUUGUUGGCCAUAAUGUCACUAACACCUCUCAUUUGCUUGGAAUAUAGAACGAUAUUUUAAAAUCUCUGCCACUGGGAGUCUUGUUCACUACAAGAUAAAUCCAAACAUCACAGAACUUUGCAGCAGUUCACAACUGGACAGGAUCAUAUCUGCAAACUCUCUUGUCUUCACAGAUGUCUAAUAAAGUAAAACUCUGGAUCUCA